GACCCACCUUUCUGACAUACAUGUCUUUUUCAGACCCGGGGGCCGAAUACUUUCUUGUUGGCUAGGUGACAUUGUUGCUGAACUGGGUGCCAGUUGGACACCUAAAAAUGUAGCAACACAUCCAAUCUAUUCGUUAUCUACUUUUGAGGAUCCCCCUCGGCCAGGAGUUCCUGGCGUUGAGCAUCCCCGAGGUUUAUUUAAUAACGUCGUUUCUGGUAAAAUGCCGUUCCCUUCAACGAUUUCGGCAUAUCAUAAAUUCCGUCAGAUCGAAGAAGAGGCUGCCCAAAUAUAUUGUCUCGGUGGAAAUAAACAGCAAGGCUCACUUAUUAAUUUUAUGAGCUUGAGAAUUCAACAAGAACUACAUGAAUACCCCGAAGAACAACAGCAUGAUGCUGCAAGGAUAAUGUUUGGGCUUACACACAUGCUACAAGCAAGGUGUGGAGAUGAUAUAGGAUUACUCUGUGCUGAUCAUUCUGGAUGUUAUAUGAAUAUGCCUGGGGGAGACGUUCGUGUUCCUUUAGGCCUUGUCGGUAUAUUGGCACCCCUUUUGCGGCAAAUUCCAGAAGGGGCAAUACGUUACUGUAAACCUGUAAAUUGCAUUUACUGGGGUACUUGUAUGAAGUCGGGCUGUCGUGCAUAUGUUUAUACAACCGAUGGUGAAGAGUUUCAGGCCGACUACGUCAUUCUAACUCCAUCUAUAGGAGUGCUAUGUUCGAAUGCUGUGAAACUUUUCUGUCCUUCGCUACCGGCCUCUAAAGUGGACGCUUUAAAAUGUUUAUGUUUAGGCGCUUGUAACAAAGUAUACCUAGAAUACUUUCGUCCGUUUUGGUAUUGGCACAAAGGCGACCUUAAUUUUAAAUUUGAGCCAUGUUCAAUAGUAGAUCGUUGUGAUUGGACUCGGGGGAUAAGGUCUAUAGAAAUGGUACCUAGUAGCAAGCAUGUUCUCAGUAUAUUAGUGGAAGGACCAGAAGCAGCUGUGAUGGAAAAUUUAACGGACAAAGAUAUAGCUGAAGGUAUAACAGAGAUUUUAAGGAUGUAUACAGGGAACCAGUACAUACCAUAUCCUGCUGUCGUGUUACGAUCCUUUUGGUCUUCUGAUCCUUAUUUCUUGGGAGCGUAUUCAACCGACUGUGCCAAUACUGAUGGGUAUGCGCAAAGAAGUCUUGCGUGUCCUGUUCCAGGACCGAGUGAGCCAAUACCACCCAUACUGUUAUUUGCUGGGGAGGCAACGGUUCCUGGUAUGAACGGAACAGUUGCUGCGGCUCGCCUGAGCGGGAUAAGAGAAGCUGAAAGAAUUGUAAAGCUAACUUUACAGUAUAAAGGUCCACCCUUACCGUACGGGUGGUGUACUCCGUGUCCACCGAGUGAACCAAAGAAAGCAAAGAUGAAGUCUUAAAUUGUCGCCUUCCUACGCACUAUAGUAUUUGUGAUUGUUUCUAAACACAACUUCCGUAUUACAUUACUAUACCUAAAAUUUUUUUUUAAUUUUUCUAAAUUAAUUUGUCUUAUUUAUUAAUUUUGACUCAUUCUGAAAAUAUCCGAAAUGCGCCAUGUAAAACAUUAAAGCGCUCAAUUAUAUUUUAUUUUUGCAAUGUUUAAACACGCUGUAAAAUUUCAGUGUAUUAAAUAGCAUUUCAUCCAUUGUUUACGAUAAUUAUCGAAAUUUAUGAUAUGAAAUAAAACUCUGGCACGUUGCUUUGGCAUACGCAGGACAGCGGCGCCAACUUGGCUGAGACUUAGUGAAAAUAGGAUUUUAAUACUUCAAAGGAUUGUCUUUAAAAAUUCAAUAGCUUAUGUUUCGAAAUUAACAGUUAAGUUUACCGAUAUGAAUAUUCUAUUAUAGAUAAGAAAUAAUAACAUUACCAAAUGAUAGUGUUUGUUGCAGUUAGUGGUGUCAUAAAGUGUGAUAAUUAUUCGCAAAUUAAAGUGUCAACACUUUGAAAAAUGUAAUGCAAUUCCAAAAAAUAUACAUUUUUAUUUCUAACUUGAAAAUAUGCAUUUAAAAGUAUUUUAAUAAAGAGCUCGCUGUGCUAAAAGUCCUCGUCGAAUAGCAACGUUUCACUUUGCAUAAGUUAAAUGAGUCACAGUUCACUGUAUAAAUUAUUAUUUCAAUUUGUUUUCAUAUCUAAUCUAAAUUAUUUACUGUUCGUAUAAUUAUUAGCAAUUUUUAUAACGUAAAUUCCGUUUCUCGUCAAUCUAAAAGCUUAAAUUUAAUACUUACAAGAACAUUGCUAUUCCGUUUGAACAACGAUCAGUAAUGAAUUGCGUAGCGUAGCCCCUGGGAGUGCGUUGCAGAUGGCGGGUUGCGGGCUCAAGAAGGCGAGAUGCGUGACGUGACGCAACGCGCAAGACCGUCCCCCGCGCAGUGCGUGUCCCUCCGUUUCAGGCAGUUUGCAAAAAACAUCGAUUCGGUGAGGUUGCACCAGCAGGUGGUGUGCAUCGUGGUUUUCGGUGCGUGGUGUUAUUGCGAGAGGUGCGGCGCCACGAGCAGCCCGGGCGUUAGUUGCUCGCUGGAUGCGAUUGGCGCGGGUCGCCUUGCUAGGUUUCUUACGGUUGCGUUCAGACAGGUACACGAGCCCUUAUUAUCACUUAAUCAUACCAUUUCAACGCUGCUUUUUAAAUAAAUGUAGUGAUGCGAAAAGACGGGAAGUUCGAAGGUGCAAGGAACUCAUAACGCUCCCAAACUACUUCGGCGCCACUUGCAUAUAAAGUGCAUGAAACACUUUAAUUAUCAAACUUUAAGAUUUAUGUAAACACAAUUAAGAAACUUUAUUGAUGAACGUUAUUAUCCCAGUGUACCAAAUUUAAACAAAACAAAAUUUGUUUAUUGUUUCGGAGCGCUGGCAAACAAUUCAACGAUGUUAUAAAGUAAUGGAUCUAAACGCGCGUCGAGGCAGCGUCGGCGCUGCAGUGGGCGGCGCGGGCGGCGC